CCCCUCCCCUGUUGGGGAAGAAACCUAUGAUUCCGCGACAUUGCGUCAGGUAUAUAUGCACUGCCCCCAGGGACAGCAAGGUCCUACUUUACACUUCCCUUCUCGUCAGGUACCCAUCCAUCCAUCGACCCCUGGCUUGUUCGGGAGCAGAGACCGAGCUCUUGAUCUUGAUUCUUGAGGGAGGAAGACAGUCAUGGCUUGUUUUCUUAGGCCGUCGAGCUGCAUUGCCUACCUUCUCGUCGUCCUUGCCUUGUGCUGCGGAACACAACACCGGAGAGUAGAAGCAUCCAGCCGACUCACCCAACAUCCGAGGAUCCUGACCACCGUCUCGGUGAUGAAACCCUCGUACCCCACGAUCACCACGCCCACUUCCGCAUCCUACGCCAUGCCGAUGUCCUCCAGGUUCCCGUCGCUGGCGGAUGCGAACGGCGGCGGUGACGUCGGCGGAGGUGGCAUUGGCGGUGGCGGUGCUGCUGGUGGUGCCACCGGCGGUGGCGGUGCUGCUGGUGGUGCCACCGGCGGUGGUGGUACUGCUGGCGGUGGCGUGGGGGGCGGCGGUGCUACGGGCGGGGGAGCUGCCGGUGGCGUGGGCGGAGGCGGUGCUGCUGGAGGCAUCGGCGGUGGCGGUGGCGGUGGCGGGACGUGGUGCGUGGCGAGCCAGAGCGCGAGCACGUCCGCGCUGCAGGUAGCGCUGGACUAUGCGUGCGGCUACAGCGGCGUAGACUGCUCGGCGAUCCAGACAGGCGGGAGCUGCUUCAACCCGGAUACCAUCCACGACCAUGCAUCCUACGCCUUCAACAGCUACUACCAGAAGAACCCUCUCCCCACCAGCUGCGACUUUGGCGGCACGGCCACCAUCACCACCACCGAUCCCAGCUCAGGAUCGUGCCAGUAUCCAGCGUCAAGCGGCGGCGCUCAAGGGAACAUGAUGCCCCCGCCAUCACCGACCACUCUGACGCCGACCACGCCGAUGACUCCGACGCCAAUGACCCCAUUCACCCCGACGCCAAUGACGCCCGACACCCCUAGCACCGGGACGCCUAUGUAUGGAUCAAGCUCGCCUCCAGACUUCGGGUCGAUGUCCCCUCCAGGCCCAGGAUCAAACUCACCUCCGGACUACAGCGACGUCGGCGCCGCCCCGGCGACGACGAUGGGCAGGGCAACGCUGGCUCUCGUCUCCAUCCUUGCCGCGACGCUAUCGAUGAGCCUCGCCACAUGAGGCGAUACACGCAUCUCAAGAUGGCCACCCUAUGCAGCAGUCAAAGAAGCGCGCGCCGUUGGAUGCUGGGAUGCGCACGCACAGUUGCACCGCAGAACAGAAACCUCCCUGCCGCGAAACCUUGCCAAGCAGAGGUGCCCCAUUUGUUUAGUAGUAUCUUCACAAUUCCGAAGCGUGCAUGCUGAUGCAGCUGCUUCUAGCGUCGCCCCUGCUCUGCUCUAGUGGGGGGCAGCAGAUGUUUAUAUGUCCGAUUAUACUAUUGUAUUUAGAAAUUUAUUAUGAGCAAUUUCAUUUCCUUAUU